AUGCGCAAGUGCAAUCGCAACCAGGGCAUCCUCUCGCAGGUGUGUUCCUUUGGCGCCGUUAAGCCGGUGGAGUUUUGUCGCGAGUUUCGCAAAGCCAAGCCUCAGUUUCGACGCAAUGAACAGCAGGACGCGCAGGAGUUUCUCUCGUUGCUGCUCGAUCUACUGCACGAUGAGUGCAACAAGGCAAAGAAGGCGAGCAAAAAGGAAGAGAAAGGGGAGAUUUUGUAUGAGACACCGUCGCAACCACCACCACAACCUCCACCUCCUCCACCUCCUGCCACUCCUUCCGAACCAAGCAAUGCCGAAGAGGCCUGGGAGCAGCAUGUGACAAACGUGGACAAUAGUUUCUUCUCCAAGCUGCUCAUGGGCCAGUCCGAGUCCUGUCUCACCUGUCAGACGUGCGGCAACAGCAGCAUCUCCUGGAGUUCAUUCUGGCAACUGCCGCUGGCGGUUCAGAAGGAGAAGAAAAAGACCUCCACUGUCGCUGCUGUUGCUGGGGAAGAGGCAGCCGCCAAUGGCAGCUCAGUGGCAGAACAAGGUGAACAGAAGGAGCCCACUCUCACACUGGCCAACUGCAUCAGCGAGUUCAUGGAGACGGAGGCUGAAUCGGCAGGGGGCGGCAAGUCAUCGAGUGACAAGGUCAAGGGCAGCUCUGUGCCAGUGGAUAAGCUACCGGAAGAGCAGCAGCCUGAAGAGGAGGUGCUAGUGCAGCUGGCGCAGCAGCUUGAAAUUGAGGACAAGGUUCAGCAGCAGCAGGAGCCUAAAGAAGAGGUACUGGCGCAACUGCUGCAGCCUGAAGAAGAGGUGCUGGUGCAGCAGCAGCCUAAAAAUGAGGUGCUGGAGGAGGAGGAGACAGUUUCCAGCCAGCUGUUGUGA